GUAUGAAAGAACGACCUUGAAUGAGAAAAAUAUCGCGGUGACUAUAGGGCCAAAUGCAAUGAGAGUACUCCGCCAACUCGAUUUCGAUUUCGUGAGAGCAAGAGCGUUGAUUUUAGAAGAAGGAAACAUUUGGGACGGUUCAACACUCCAAUUGAACUGUCGAACGGAAUAUUCGGAUAUUGCCGGAGAAUUCGGAGACCCAUGGGCAGUCAUCCAUCGACGGGACUUGGGUCGAGAAUUGAGAAGGCUGGCUUCAUGUCAAUCAUCCACUCGCCGCUCCGUCAAAAUUCAUUACGAGUCACCGGUUACUGACAUUGACUGCGAAGAAGGCGUUCUCACCAUGGAGGAUGGUUCGCGCAUACAGAAAAACAUUAUUAUUGGUGCAGAUGGUGUUGAUUCCCUAGUUGCAAAGCACAUUAUCAAUGGGCGGGUUGACACUACUGCGUAUAGGACGACUUUUCGAUUUGUCAUUCCCACGAACAAACUUCUCCAAAAUGAGAGCACGAGGGAGCUUUUCGAGGGGAAAUCCCCUGCGCUAAAUAUUGCAGUCUCUAGAGAUAAGCGAUUGGUUUGGUAUCCGUGUCGAAAUGCAAAUGAGCAGAAUUUUGUCGCUCUACACAUGACCUCCAGAGAUCAUGACAAUGCAGAUUCGAAAGACCAAGCAGAUCCACAGAAGUGUCUUCUGAAGGAAUUUGAUGAAUUCAGCCCGAAAAUACGAGAGAUUUUCAGACUCGUUGACAACAUCACCUUCAAAUCUCUUUCCCUUCAAAAACCGAUCAAAAGCUGGACUAAAGGAAAGACUGUCAUAAUUGGCAAUGCGGCUCAUUUUAUGCUCCCUCACCAAGGUCAAUGUGAAAGCCAGGGAAUUGAGGACGCCGGUGCCCUCAGUGUCUUUUUAUCGCGGGUGAACAGCGGAAAAGACAUACCAGGUCGUCUAAUGUGUUUUCAAAAAGCCCGGUGGAAUCGAACUGCAGCCCUACAAAUCCUCUCCAGUGUCGCUCAAGACCAGGCACAAGAUGAGGCGGAAAAGGUUGAAGAGGCAUCCAUCUAUAUACGGGGUCACAUCCCAAGGACUCCGCUGGAGUUCAAU